CGCCGAGGUGACGUCACGGCGUGACUCGGGCACAGUGGCAGCAGCAAGCGAUAUAGCAAGGGGUAGCUACGCGGAAACAUGCCGUCUGACAGACCCUUUAAACAAAGGAGGAGUUUUGCUGACCGCUGCAAAGAAGUUCAGCAAAUCCGAGACCAGCAUCCCAACAAAAUACCAGUCAUCAUUGAGCGGUACAAAGGAGAGAAGCAACUGCCUGUCCUGGACAAGUCCAAGUUCCUGGUCCCAGAUCACGUGAACAUGAGCGAGUUGGUCAAGAUCAUACGCCGCCGCCUACAGCUCAACCCGACGCAGGCCUUCUUUCUCCUGGUGAACCAGCACAGCAUGGUGAGCGUUUCCAGUGCAAUCUCAGAGAUCUACGAGCAGGAGAAGGAUGAGGAUGGCUUUCUCUAUAUGGUCUAUGCCUCUCAGGAGACAUUUGGCCGUUAAGGACCGAAGCCCUGUCACCAGUUGUGGCCUGGCGAUUUGGCAAAGAGAGCAGCAGCCACAAGUGGUAACUGAGGAUUCUAGUUAAACGCAGAGCACAUCUAUCAGGUGUCACCAUGCACACUUCACCCAAGCUCGUGUGUGAUGGUGAGCUCUUUUAAAGCAACAAAAAACAAUGCACAAGCUGCCUUCUCACCAUAACCAUGCACUUUCUGAAUCUGAUUGGUUGUUGUAAACCUUUAAAACUCGUUGCCAAAAUAUUUCAAGGCCUUAAAUCAUGACACUGCCUUGCUAUAGCCUAGUAUUUAAUAGAAAUAAAGGUGUAGCAGCGGGGCAUUUUCAACAGUUUCAGUACUGCUGCUGCCCCAAAUAGAGCAAAAACAAAAUGUGGUCCACGCCACGGGCCUUCCCCUGGUUCUGAGUGUUUAGAAAGGGCUCUGGGGGUCGAGAUUCAGAACUGGAAGGUCUGCUCAGGCUCAAGUGAAAUGUCCCUGUUGCAAGCCUCAACUUUGAGUUAGUGCUUUAGCCUGCUUGAAGCUAACCUGAUACCUGAAAAUAACUUUUCAUUUUUUUGACUCAAAUGAUUGUGCUCCCAAGAUGCUCUGCUUUCAACCUGGAUCCUAAAAAGGACAAAUAUCUCAUGCCUUUUCUUACACUACAAAUUUAGAAGAGAAAAAAAACAAAACUGUGCCAGGGCUGAGCAGUGUAUGAGUGCAGUUUGUAAGAAGCCCAGGGUAGAAGAUGAUGUUAAUUAAAACAUUUAGCAGAUUAAUCUGCAUAAGUGGCCAUGCUGAACGAAUACCAUGAUCUAAGCACCAAAUGAUAUCCAAAUAUAGUGGCAAAUUUGGUGCUUUGUAACAAGCAUGAGAAAAUUUCUUAGGGGCAGCAUCAUCAAUUUGGUCAUCAACUCUAUGUGUAGUAAUAAAUAAGCUUGUUUGCACUUUAUUAUAUAGACAAAUGAUAUUUACUUCCUAGGAGAUCAAAUUCACUUUAAUUAUGUAAAUAUUAAUUUGGGGGGGGUUCAAAAGAGCUGGUUCCUCCUGUACGGGGAAUGCAUUCUUUCUCUUACAGUGUGUGUUGUUUUAGGUCUGUCUGAGUGAGUGGUUUGCCUGGUUCACUGUGCCCUUUAUUAUCCUUGAUGGCAUGAUUUUCUUCAUUUUAAAAAUAAGACCUGUCAGCUGUUAUAAUGUAUGUCAGAUAACUUCAAUGGUAGAUAAAUAUGUAUAUACAUACA